AUGGCACCAUCACCAUUACAAAUUAAGGUUAAUGCUUUGAAAAGAUUAAUUAAAGAAGAGAAAUUAUAUCAACAAGAAGUUUCAGAACAAGAACAAUUUGUUAAUCAAAUGAAAGCUAAUAAUGCUGAUGAAUAUGAAUUAAAGAAACAAAUUGAAGUUUUACAAGAAGCUCAAAGAAUGGUCCCUGAAGUUACUAAAAAGAUUAAGGAACAUAAAGAAUCUUUAAAAGAAUUCUUGGAAACUUAUACUGGUGAAGAAGACACUUCUGCUGCUAAAGAAUUACUUUAA